GCACCAUCAAGUUCAAGUCCCAUUAAUUUAAGGAAUUCCCAGCCACUUUCUUCACAGCAAUGGAAAACUGCAAAUAGGCUCAGCAAAGCAUUGAAGUCAAUUAUAGGAGAAAAUCAAUAUGCUUUUAUUGAGGGAAGCAACUUGUAGAUGGAGUGGUUGUUGCAAAUGAGGCGAUUGAUGGGGCACGAAAAAGAAAAUCCCGGUGCUUUAUUUUCAAAAUCGAAUUUGAAAAAGCCUAUGAUAAGGUGUGCUGGUCCUUGCUUGAUUACAUGAUGGAGAGAAUGGGUUUUGAUAUAGUAUGGAGGGGAUGGAUCGCAAAAUGCUUAAAAUCAAACACGGUGUCUGUUUUAGUCAACAGAAGUGCUACCAGAGAGUUCUCGAUGACAAGAGGGCUUCAACAAGGCGACCCAUUAUCCCCAUUCCUGUUCCUAAUGAUGGCAGAAGCUCUAAAUGGACUAACUUCCGUAGUUGUUGCAAAGGGAUACUUCCGGGGAGUCAAAAUAGGAGAUGGAGAGUUAGAAGUUAGCCAUCUUCAGUUUGCGGAUGACACACUUUUCAUGGGAGAGGCGACUGAAGACAACAUUUGGACAACAAAAUGCAUAAUGAGGGCAUUUGAAUUGGUGUCAGGGUUGAAGAUAAAUUACAGAAAAAGCUCUUUAAUUGGAGUGAAUACAGAUGAAGAUUGGAUCAGAAGCAUGGCAUGGAUGUUGAACUGUAAAAUCGAAUCCCUCCCUUGUAAGUACCUCGGCAUGCCAUUGGGGGCAAACCCAAAGAGAAUAUCCACCUGGAAAUCUCUAAUAGACACAUUCAGAAGAAAACUCUCAGUAAUCCAUGAACUUGAUAAAAUUAGGAGGAAUUUUUUGUGGGGAGGGGUUGAGGGAGGCAGAAAGAUAGCUUGGGUAUCCUGGGACAGGGUGUGCAACACAAAAAAAGAGGGAGGACUGGGGGUAAGAAACCUUAGAUGGUUUAAUAUUGCCUUGCUAGGCAAAUGGUGGGCGAGCUUAAUAGGGGGUGAGAAGGGCCUUUGGGCAAGGGUGUUGUUAGAAAAAUAUGGUAGCAAGGAAGGAAAUUGGUUAUCAUGGUUGAGUGGGGAUCGAGUCUUAGGAUCAUCGUGGUGGAAUGAUAUUUGUAAAUUAAACAUGGGUUUAGAUAGCAAGGAUGGAUUGUUGCUUUUGAAUUUCAACAUGAAUUUGGGUGAAGGGAAAAAUGUUAGAUUCUGGCUAGACACAUGGGUGGGAGGGUUCUCUCAGGCUAAUGUCUUUCCAAGGCUGUUUUUGUUGGCUACAGAAAAGAAUUGCAAUAUCCAUCAAAUGGGGCAUUGGAACAACGGAUGCUGGGAUUGGAAAUUCCAGUGGAGAAGGCCACUUAGAGCUUGGGAAGAGGAAAAUUUGCAACAAUUGCUGGAGACAAUAAAACACAAAAAACUAGUGCAAGGCGCAACGGACACUUGGUGCUGGAGUCUAGAGACCGGGGGAGGAUAUACCACAAGGACAGCCUAUGAGCAGCUAGCAAAAAAAGAAGAAAACAAGCUGCUGGAGUACACCAAAAUAUGGGAGACGCAAGUACCACCAAAAGUGAGUGCUUUCCCAUGGCAACUACUCUUAGAUAGAAUUCCUACAAAGAUAUUGACCAUGCAUGAUAGAUGGGAAGCAUACAAGGGAGAGAGCACAGAAGAUUGUGAUUUGAUGUUCACGGUGAAGAAAUGUGCCAUGGUCCAAAUGAAGACUAAGCUACAAGUGUUCAUGGCCAAAAACACCAAAGAGUAUGCCUGUGAUUACAGGGUGGAGGGCAGCUUCUUUCAGGAUUCCUGCGCUGUUUAUGUUGGAGAGACUAACACCAUUGUUGCCCAAAUGCACAAGAAGCUUAGUUUCGAAAAUCUGCUGGGAAAGGAGAGGUUUGCGGUCACAAUGUAUCCCAAUGUCGACCAUGCAUUCAUUGCUGCGCUAAUUGUCAUCCUGGACAGCAUUAACAGGCCUGGUUGGAUUUAAUUAGCUUAAAAAACAUUGCACCAAUCUAUCUAUGGCUAAAUUAUCUAUGAUAAAUCAAUAAAUUGUCCUAUAAGGC